AUACCAUAAAGAGAGGUUAGGGUUUCUGUUAUGAAUUCUGUAGUAACAUACAGCGAAUUCACAUGAAAUUACUCCGUGUUAUGUGGCUUACAGGAUGAUUAAAUACCUAGAAGAAGGCGAAACUUUAAAAGACAAAUCCAAAUGUGCUAACAUACGUGCAAGUUUAAAAAUGUGUUUGUUGGAAACGGAUUGUUGUAAAAUACAAAGACGAACUCCCAAAGACUGUCUUGUAAGCAGAGAUCCGUCUGUCCCUGAAGAAUGUUACUUAUUGCGACAAACAUUUUUCGAUUGCAAACAUUCAAUUAUUGAUGGCAGACGAAGGUUCAGAGGACCUAAAGGCGACUAAUAUUUAAAAUAAAAAUAGUAAAUUUAAAACAAAGAAAAGAAACGAAUGCUAUGUUACACAGUCAGUAAGAUGUAAUAUUAGAAGUGAUUUAUUAGUAUUCCCUUAUUAUUCGUUGUACACGAUAUAGUAAAUCCUAUCAUAAUCGCAAAGUA